AGUGCCCUUAUACAAGCUCUUUCUGCCUCACAGUUGCAUACUGGCUUUUGAAGGCCUGGCAGUUAUGCGGCAGAGAUGCACUGACAGCCCUCUCGGUCUAACUUCAUCAUUGAUGUAAAUACUUUCUUCAGCGUGAGACCUCUGGUAAAACUCCAACUCCUUUUUCUCAGGGUGAACUGAUUCCAGCUGCAGCCAGCAUUCACCUUGCUGUGGGUAUAUUCUAAAACAGAGGAGGAGGCUUGCCCCUGAGUUGAAAGAGAUGAGACCCCGAGGUUACUGAGUGUACCUGCUCCAGAAGAGGAGGGAGUCUGUCCACCUCUUCCUGUUCAGAGUUCAGGAAGGCAUUCUGUAUCGGGCACAAGCUUCAGCUAGGGACUGCGGCCAGGAUGUCCAAAGGAUGCAGGCCCCAGGUACAGCACAGCGUGACAGAAGAUGCCUUUUGUGAGACACACCUGGAGCCACUAGAGCUGUUCUGUGAUGAUGACCAGGUCACACUGUGCAGCAAGGGCCUGCGGGCCCAGGACCACAAGCACCACACAGUAUAUGAUUUACAGGUUGCUGCUGAGAAGUACAGGAAAUUAUUCCAAGAAGUAUUGAAUCUACUGAGGGAGAAAGUUGAAGUUGCUAAAAGUAUAUUGGCUGAUGAGCAAGAAAGAAUGAAGAUGAUUCAGGAAGAGGAGCAGAAUUUUAAAGAGGUAAUUGAGUCUGAAUAUAGGAUAAGGUUUCAGCUCUUGAGAGAAGAGAAUGAGAUGAUCUUUCUGAGACUCCGAGAAAGCAAAUUUGACUUGAAUUUGAGAGAAGCUAAUGAGAAUCAAUUGAUGAGACUUGCUACAGAGCUAGAAGAGAAAUCCCAGGAAAUGCUACAGAGACUGGACUCCUGGGUGAGAGAGAACACGAAUAAACUGAAAGAGAGUGAAACCGAGGUUUCUGAACACCUUUGCAGCCUCCAGGAGCUCACCACAGAGCUGCAGAAGAAGUGUGGGCAUCCUGCAGCAGCCUUGCUCCAGAAUGCAAGAUACUGCUUGGAAAGAAAUGAGUCACUGCUUCUUCAGUCCCUAGUGCCUGCUCGUAUCACAGACCUGUGUUUAUGUCAAAUAAAAAGAAGGACCAAAAUACUAACAGUGCAUCAAAAACAUAUAACUUUGGAUCCUAACACAGCUCAUCCCUGCCUGGCCUUGUCUGAAGAUCUGAGAACUGUGAGAUUUAGGAAUAUCCAGCAGGAUGUGCCUGGAAACCCAGGGACGUUUGACUUCAGCGCUUCUGUGUUGGGUGCAGAAAGCUUCCACUCAGGAAAGCACUACUGGGAGGUCGCCGUGGCCAAGGCUUCACAGUGGCAGUUGGGUGUGUACGGAGACUACUCUGCAGCCAAGAAGGACAACGUGCCUGAAGCGCUUCCAGAUAAAUUCUUACUCAUAGGGUCCAUGAUGGGUCCUGAUUAUACCUUCUGGGUCUUUCCCCCUUUGAAAAGGGUCUGCUUGCAAAAGGAAAUGCGAAAAGUUGGAGUUUUCUUGGACUAUGAACAUGGACACAUAUCAUUCUACAAUGUGACAGAGAGAUCCCUCAUUUAUAAUUUCUCUCGCCUCAGUUUCCAAGGAGCUGUUAGGCCUCUAUUUUCUCUUUGUAUUCCAAAUGGAGAUAUGAACUCAGACUCUCUUACUAUCUGCCCCCCUCACGUUCCUUCCUAAAAUAUCAGUAUUAGCUGUAAGAUCACAAGAGACCACAAAAUUAAGAGCAAGACAUUAUAAGAGUUUGUAUAAAAG